UUCCAACAAAGUGGGUGUUUCAGGGUGUUCUUGUCAUGUUUCGCGAUAAACAAAACGAAUAGACAAAUUUACUAUUUGAAUUAUUUCACAAAUAAUUCAAUAAUUCAACCAUGAGAAAAUUUAAACCUAAGAAAUCGUCCAACGUAUUUCUUUUAUAAUAACACAGUGGUUUUCGUAAACAUUGUUUCGAGGUUAAGAAUAUAAAUUCUUGUUGACCUAUGUUUUGGAAUUGCCUAAAAACAUAUUAAUAAAUUGAACAUAGAAAUGUGUCCAGCACUUUUAGAAAAUGAAGAACGCUGUUUUGGUGGAAUAACAUUCUUUGCACAAAGUCACCCAGUUGAAGUUUGUGGUAGCAAUGGUCUACCUCUUACACCGAAUUCAAUAACCAUAUAUGGAAAGUCUCAGUUCUUGAAGACUAUACACCAUCCAAAUUUAUCAAUUUAUCUUGAUAUAAUUAGAAGUAAACAUGAAAGAAUAGUGGUGGUUACAGAGUACAAUGGAGAUCCAUUAAGCAAUAAGGAAAACUUAGGAAUAGAUGAUAUUAUAAAAAUAACAUUUCAAUGCUUAUUAGGUUUACAAAAAAUGAAUGCAUUAGGUUUAGUGCAUAGACAUUUAAACCCUGAAAAUAUACUCAUUAAUAAGAGCGGAAAUGUACAGUUAUAUAAUUUUGGUCUGUACUAUAUGACAGAUAAUGGAAAAAAUGUAUCUUUUCCUAUUGGGUAUCCAAAAUACACAGCACCUGAAGUAUUUUUGAGUCCUGGUAUUAGUAGUCCAAAAGUGGACUCCUGGUCUUUGGGUAUAAUUAUUGCUGAAUUAUUAUUAGGAAGACCAAUUUGGCCAGGUGUAAAGUUAUCUCAAUGUUUGCGAAAAGUUCUUAGUUUAAUACAUUGCGAAACUUCCGUAUUUGAACGCCUAGCGAGAGAAACUAAUUGCUAUAGCACUUACAAGGAAUUGCCUGAUAAUGUAAUAGAAUUUAUAGAUUCCUGUCUUCAAAUUCAUCCUUCGAAACGUAAAAUACCAGAGCAAUUGUUGAAACUGCCGAUAUUUGAAGAGUUUUUAUUAAAUAAUGAAAAUGAAAAAGAAGAAAAUCUUUAUAAGAAUGUUAUUGUUAGGAAAAUGGACGAAUUGUAUUAUUUAUGGCAGCUGGCGGGCGGAGACAUUACCGUGGAAUUGAAAAAACAAGGAUUGAUCAGAUCAAGACCACCUAUUUUAUCUAUUCCAAAUUUAGUUAUACUUUUAGGUCAAAUAUUUGGUCGUAGAGAUAGCGCUGGUUUGCUUGAUCUACGCGUAAUCAAAGUUCCGCUCGAUACACUGCGUCAACGAUUAUCUCACAUUCCGUAUAUAGCAAAUUAUCCAUGGUUAACAAAUCAAAUGCGUGUUCAAUCGCAAGAAGAUUUAAUAGAUGCUGCCUCUCAAUUACCUUUAAUCAUAAGAGAGAGGGAUACAGAAUAUCAAUUUCAUAGGAUUGUUUUAUACGAUAGAUUACUACAGGUCUACCCAAUAACCCGAGAAGCAAUCAUAGAAGAAGCCCACAAAGAUAUACCACCACCUGUUAGAGGAUCUGUUUGGGCGGCUUUACUUGGUAUUACUGGUGACAUUCAGAAACGGUAUGACAUGAUCGAUAAGGAAACACCCACGCAUACAGAUCGGCAGAUAGAGGUAGACAUACCGAGGUGUCAUCAGUACAGCGAAUUAUUAUCAUCUGGGGCAGGUCAUGAGAGAUUACAGAGAUUACUGAAAGCAUGGGUUCGGAAUAAUCCGCAUUACGUUUACUGGCAGGGAUUAGAUUCGCUAACAGCUCCGUUUCUCUAUCUUAAUUUUGACAACGAAGCUAGGGCAUUUGAAUGUUUAUCCGCAUUUAUUGCAAAAUAUCUUCAUAAAUUCUUUUUGAAAGACAACUCUGCCAUUAUACAGGAAUAUUUAGGAAAAUUUUCACAAAUUAUAGCAUUUCAUGAUCCACAGUUGGCUAAUCAUCUUAGAUCGAUUAACUUUGUACCGGAAUUGUUUGCUAUACCGUGGUUUUUAACAAUGUUUUCGCAUGUAUUCCCACUUCACAAAAUACUCCAUUUAUGGGAUAAACUUCUGCUAGGCGAUUCCUCGUUUCCACUUUUAGUUGGCUUAGCAAUAUUAAAACAGUUGCGCGAUUCACUUUUAACUUCGGGAUUCAACGAAUGUAUUCUUUUAUUCUCGGAUCUUCCUGAAAUUGAUAUAGAAUUAUGUGUUAAAGAUUCUAUGACGAUGUAUCAGAAUACACCAGCCAGCAUUACAUAUAGAAAACAUCAAUUUCACCAACCAAAGGAUGUAGAUUGGCCGGAAUCGGAACCAGGAACUGAAAAAGUGCCGAGAAUUAGCGUAGACGAUUUUUUACAUUUAUUAGAUACUACUUCUGAGAGAUUAAUAGUCGUCGAUAUACGUAAUAAUAUACAAUUUGAAAGAAGCGCUGUGGCGGGAAGUAUCAACAUUCCAUUCACAAAUGUACAACUAUCCCAAACUCAAAUUGAAACUCUUGGACCACAUGCCAAACCACUUGCAGAAAAUAAAGAUAGUAUUGUCGUAGUUAUUGGCCCUAAUGAUCAAAAUAAUGCCUUGUUUGCAGAUUUUCUUGUGAAACGUGGAGUUAUAGGAGUGUGUACCUUACGAGGAGAAAUUCAUGCGUUGCGAUCAAAGUCUUCAAAUGUUAAAGUAGUUGCGCGUUAAAAGUAACAUUUAAUUAUUACAGAUAUGUAGAAGUCUAUGUUUGUACAUGUACAUAUAUAUAUAAAUAUUAAUUUUAUUGUGUUACUUGUAUAUCUAUACAUUUUUACAAAGUUAUAAAUAUUGUAAAUGAUUAUUA